CAAACAGACCGGAAUGUUUUGUCAGACGUACCGGAAGUUUAGACGGUUGCUCUGGGUGAACCAAAGUGAACACUGACAGCAUCACACCAAACAAGAAAUCUUUUUCCCCCCUUUAUUAACCCAGCCUCCCUUUCCCUCGUCCAUGGCUUCCAAUUCGAAUAUUGACAUUGAGGGUGCGACCCAGCAUCUCCGAGACAUCCUGAAGCUCGACCGCCCCGGGAACAGCACCGAUGUACAGACGAAUGACGGACAGAGAAAGUCAUCUUUUAACGGAGAGCUGAAUGGGUUAUUGGGAGCAGCGGGACUUCUGGGAAGCGGCGAUCGCACUGCCAUGUCAGAUUCUACGAGACCCAUCUCUCAAGACAUGAGCACCACACAGGACAGUCAGAUACUCUGCCUUUCUGGUGAUGAUGGGUCCACUUGCAUUCCCAUUACCUCAAACAAUGUGGAGAUUGUGGCAAGUCAAGACUCCAGCAUCAACAGCAAAGCACGGGGCAGCAACAAGGUGAAGAUUCAACCAGUUGCCAAGUAUGACUGGGAACACAAGUACCACUAUGGACGCCUCAUAGCUGUGUCCAACUCCUUUCUGGCCUAUGCCAUUAGAGGAGCCAAUAACCAUGCAAUGAUCCGUGUCCUGAGUGUCAGUUUUGGUGAGCGCUCCUUAUUAAAAGGGUUCACCGGGGCAGUCACAGACCUGGCCUUCGCCCACCUCGACUCCUCUCUGCUGGGAUGUGUGGAUGAAGCUGGAAACCUGAUGGUGUGGCAGCUCACCUGCACAGGCAACAAGAUCCUAGAUCAAGUGGUGGUUCAUAUUCGACGGCCAGAAGACACGCCACUGAAUUCCCACCGGCGUCUCAUUUGGUGCCCGUUCAUCCUGGAUGACAACGAGGAGAACCAGGACGACACCAGCCAGACUUUAGCGCUCCUCCACGAAGACAGGGCGGAGGUUUGGGACCUGGAAGUCUUCCGAACCAACAACAGCAGUUGGCCUGUUGAUGCCACAGAACUGAAAGAAGGUCUCAUCACAAUCAAGGGUCACACACAGCGGGUCAGUGAAGGAGCCCUGUCUCCAGAUGGGACUGUGUUAGCCACAGCCAGUCAUGACGGAUACAUCAAGUUCUGGCAAAUAUACAUUGAAGGAGGACAAGACAAACCGAGAUGUCUUCAUGAACUGCGGCCUCACGGAGGGCGUCCCCUGUCCUGCCUCCUUUUCUGUGACAACCACAAGAGACAGGACCCAGAGGUUCCUUUCUGGCGUUUCCUCAUAACUGGAGCAGAUCAGAACCAGGAGUUGAAGAUGUGGUGCACCGUUUCCUGGACUUGUUUACAGACCAUCAGGUUCUCCCCAGAUCCCUUCAACUCCUCAGUUUUGCCAAGUCUUAAGGCUAGUCUAGACCUUUCUGCAGAGUAUCUCAUCCUCACUGAUGUACAGAGGAAGGUUCUCUAUGUGAUGGAGUUGCAGCAGGACCUAGAAAAAGGCAAGGCUAGUUUUACAGCCGUGUCCGAGUUCCUGCUCACCCACCCAGUGCUGAGUUUCGGCGUCCGAGAUGUCACCCAAAGUCGGCUGCGACACACCGAGGUCCUCCCGGCCGAGGAAGAGUCCGAAAGUCUGACCACAGAGGGCACUCAGGGACCCACAGAGUCCAAAUCUGGGAUCCAGAUUAAACUCUACUGCGUCCACACAAAGAGUCUGCAGGAUGUUCAGAUCUGGUUUCAGCCUAAUGUUGGUUCUAGUUCUGCAGGCUUUCUGCCCCAUUCCGAUUCUCAAGAUGGUUUUGCAGGUUUUUCAGACCAUCUGACGGACCAGAGCUCUGAUAAGGAGUCAGGAAGUGGAUCCCAGACGGACCUGAGGAAGAUCCCUUCGCUUCCUGCUCCCACUGACUUCCUGACGGGCUCGGGGCCCAGCGGCGGGGCCAUGCCCAAACUAAUGACUCCUGACGCCUUUAUGACGCCAAGCACUUCGGUACCUGCAUCUCCGGGCAGCAGUGCCAGCAGUCUGACUAUUGUAACAGCUAUCAGCAGCAACUCGGACUCCACUAACAGAGCUAUAGACGACAUCAGCCAGAGUCCAAACAGAGUGGAGAACAACAGCAGCAGUAGUUUGGCUCUGUCUGCCUCUACCAGCAGCCCCAGAGCUGCAUCUGCGGUCCUCCUGCCUGGACUGGAAAACCUGCAGGCGUUGCCGUCCCCCAGUGGUCCUCUUGCACUCGACACCCCUCAGGUUCUGGACUCUCCCCUCCUGCCGCCGCUGGCAUCUCCGACCAGGGCGCGCUCCCCUGACGUCAUCUCCUCGGCGUCCACGGCCAUGUCCCAGGACAUGCCGGAGAUCGCCUCCCAGACUCUGCAGCUUCAGCGUGGACUAGUGUCCAGCCUGGACCCCUUACCCCUGUCGGCCCUGCAGACGGACAGCAUGGCCUCCGCCGCCUCCGCCCUGCACCUGCUCACCUCACCACGGACAGCCAACAACAGCAGUCUGCUGCCGCUUGAACUGGGCGGCGGAGACGGUCCGGUGGGUGGGGCAGUGGAGUCGGAGCCCAGACUCAGUCACACUCCGUCGCUACUGGAGACCGCCUUGUCACAGGAGAACCCCGGCGUGGGAGGAGGAGCCUCAGAUGGAAGCGUCAGCCACACACCUUGGCCGGCCGCCCCCGACAUCACCAGGGAAACCAGGAACAGUCUGAGGGACAACGGCCUGGUAGACUGCCCAAGAGAGGAGUCCAAGGACGGACACUUGAGCUCGCCUUACCACCGACGCUCCUACCACCGCACUCCGAGCGACGGUCAGGAGCCUGGAGCCGAGCAGAGUGACCCUGAUGAUGAGGUGGCCAGUCUAGCGUCGUCUUCGGGGAAUUGUGGGAGUCGCUCUUCUCACAGAAUCCCAGUUAAGGAAUGGAAGACCUCACCACGAGGCUCACCGAAACUGAAGAGGAAAUCCAAGAAGGACGACGGUGAAUCAUCUCAGCUGAGGCAAAUGGACUCUGGACUGCAGAUGAAUGCAGAGGUGCAGGAGGAGUUGUUAAUGCUCCUGCGCAGCCAGCAGAGGGAGUUGGCAGAACUGCGUGGACAGAUCGAAGCCAUGCAGAGCUCCAUCAUGGCCCAGGUCGAGCACGUCCUCAACAGCCACCAAGAACACGAGCAGCGCAGACUGGAGCGGGUGCUGGCGGAGAGUCGGAAUCAUCAGCAGCAUCUGCAUGAACAGCUGAGCCAGCAGCUGAGCCACAGUCUGAGCAGCGCCCUCACCAACAGGAUGGACAAAGUACUGCGAGACGAGAUGAAGAAGACGGCCCCGCAGGCGAUCUCUAAGAGUCUGGAGCCUGUGACGGGUCAGCUGACAAACACUAUUGCGGCUAAGCUGACCGCUGUGGAGGUCACCCUGAAGGACAACGUCACCAAGGUGGUCAAAUCCAAGAACAUAACGGACGCCAUCGGUCGAGCGGCGGCAGAGGCCAUCCAGGGGCCCAUCCAGGCGGCAUACAAGGAUGCCUUUCAGAGCCUGGUUCUGCCUGUGUUCGAGAGAAGCUGCCAGUCCAUGUUUCAGCAGAUCAACGACAGCUUCAAACAAGGCACACAAGAAUACAUUCAGCAGCUGGAGACUCAUAUGAAGAACAGAAAGCAGAGGGAGCAGGAGGCCCGGGACCCAGUGGUGGGCCAGCUCCAGCAGAUGAUCGACAGCUUCCAAAGCUCCACCGAUCAGCUGACCAAUAACAUCACAGCCAACGUCCGGGCUGAGGUCCAGCACCAGGUCCAGAUGAUGGUGGGAAAUCUGCAGGAGUCUAUUCUUAGCCACGUGCAGCGGAUUGUCAAAGGGGAGGUGAGUCUGGCCAUGAAGGAGCAGCAGGCGGUGGUCACCUCCAGCAUCAUGCAGGCCAUGAGGUCAGCGGCCGGCACGCCCGUCCCCACAGCGCACCUGGACUACCAGACCCAGCAGGCCAACAUCCUGCAACUACUGCAGCAGGGCCAGCUCAACCAGGCCUUCCAGCAGGCCCUGUCGGCCACAGACCUGAACCUGGUCCUGUACGUGUGCGAGACCAUCGACUCCCAGCAGGUGUUCAGUCAACACCCGUGUCCUCUGAGCCAGCCCGUCCUGCUGUCGCUCAUCCAGCAGCUGUCCUCCAACCUCACCACCCGCUCAGAGCUCAAAAUCAGUUACCUGGAGGACGCUCUGAUGAACCUGGACCACGGGGACCCCCUGACCAGAGACCACAUGGCGUCGGUGCUGGCCCAGGUGCGGCCUAAGCUGUUCUCCUUCCUGCAGCAGGACCCCCACAGCCCCCUGAGCAAGAGGGCGCGGCGCCUCAUGAUGAUGCUGCAGGGACUGGUCAACCACUAGACCCACGCACGGCGGCCGCUCCGGUGCUGGAGGGAGGGGGAGGAGCCUAACAAGCACCGGGACGCAUUUCCAGAUGGGGGGGGGGGGGGGGGGGGGGCACUUUGGAGGCGGAGGGAAACGAAGGAUCAUGUGACUCCGAGGCCUGGAUGUGAAAACGCAGCGUCUGCCAUCAGUAGAAGAGUCCCGUUCACAGCGGCUCCGACCGCACCGCCACAGGAGUCCCAGCUCAGACACGUUUGCGUUCUUCAUCAGACCUUCGAUGCAGGACGAGAAUCAGAUGAUUUGUGUUAAAGACAGACUUUUGUGGGGUUUGUUUUUUUUUGUUACUGCUGCUUUUUCUGCUCGUUUCAUCCUUUUGUUCAAAACCGACGAGCAGAAAAGACACGAGGCCGGGACACGUCCGCUCGUCAAUUUACGACACGAAACCCGAAACCGACUCCGUUUAUGACUCGACGUCACCUGAAAACUCCCACUGACGUCCCACCACUGGCGCCGUUUUUCUUUCCUUCUGCCGUUCUGUCAUUCAGAUGGACUUCGGUUUUCGACUUCGGAAUCGGACGAGCGAACCACCUCGAACGUCGCCGCUUUGUGUUUUGCGGCGGGUUCGGACGUCGACUUUUCAGACCGACAUCUUCAGCAGGAAUCCAGAUUAAGAAGAAAAAGAAGAAAAAAAAACACCAAACAAACAAACACCUGAGAACAACGAAACCUGGCAACGGACAGUUAUGCGCCGGCGCCCACGUUUCCCUUCAGUUAUUUCUUAAUAAGUCGGGGACGUUCCACCCAAAAGAAACCACAGCUGCGUCUGGCUUUGUGAAUCUGGCGUCUCAUCGUUACUCGUCCCUCGUUCCGUGGAAGUUUUCCUGAGGACGACGAAAGAAAGCGAGAAAGACAGAACGAGGCAGAAAUGCCAGGUUCCACCUGUUCGCCCCGGCAGCCGUCCGUCCAGCUCAGUCCUGUAAAUGAAGCGCACCAUCCCUGCGUCUCCUCCCCUUUUUUUCUACACAUUUAGCGUUUGUAAGACUUGUAUUCUUUAACAGGUGUCAGACUAGUUUGAAUGCAUCCUCAUCAGAAUAAUAAUAAUUAUAAUAAU